AUGGCGCCCAACAAUUCAAAGUACUCCAGUACACGGCACCAUGAUCCAUCGCAGCAGGAAUUCUUCAGCUUCGAGGAGGUCGUACUGAAGGGACUGGCAUCUGAUGGAGGGCUGUUCCACCCUCACGAGGUGCCCGACAUCCGGUCGAAGUACCUGGAAUGGAAAGACCUCUCCUUCGCGCAACUGGCGUACGAGGUAAUGAGGCUGUACGUUGACGACCACGAGAUCUCCAACGACGAGCUCAAGUCGAUAGUCGACCGGAGCUAUUCGACGUUCAGACACCCGGACACUGUGCCGUUGGUGACUCUGGACGAGCAGAAAAACCUGCAUCUGCUAGAGCUGUUCCACGGACCGACGUUUGCCUUCAAAGAUGUGGCUCUGCAGUUUCUCGGAAAUCUGUUCGAGUUCUUCUUGGUGCGUAAGAACGAAAACCUGAAGCCCGGCCAACCCAGACAUCAUCUCACGGUCAUUGGGGCCACAUCGGGCGAUACAGGAUCCGCAGCCAUCUACGGUCUACGCGGCAAGAAGGACGUCAGCAUCUUCAUCAUGUUCCCGGACGGCAAGGUGUCGCCGGUCCAGGAAGCGCAGAUGACGACGGUGCUAGAUCCCAACGUGCACUGUCUGAGCGUGCAAGGCACCUUUGAUGACUGCCAGGACUAUGUCAAGGCGUUGUUUGCCGACCCGGAGAUGAACAAGAUUCACCAUCUGGCCGCGGUGAACUCGAUCAACUGGGCCCGGAUCCUGGCCCAGAUCACUUAUUAUUUCUACGCUUACUUCCAGCUUCUGAAGAAGAACCCUGGGCUGCAGAAGGCCAAGUUCGUGGUCCCCACCGGAAACUUCGGGGACAUUUUGGCCGGGUACUACGCUUCGCGGAUGGGUCUUCCUGUGGCCAGACUCAUCAUUGCGACGAACGAAAACGACAUCCUGCAUCGCUUCUGGCAGACAGGAUCGUAUUCGAAGAAGCAGAAGCCCGCAGCAGAGCCGCAUGAGGGCAUCAAGGAAGACGGGGCCCAGGCACACGAGGACGGCGUCAAGGAAACGUACAGCCCCGCAAUGGACAUCUUGGUCUCUUCCAAUUUCGAACGGCUUCUUUGGCAUCUGUGCUUGGAGCACGAGUUGGAAGUGAACCCCCAGGGCAAGUUUGAGGCGUCGGUCAAGGUUGCUGGCGGCAAGAUCGACGGAUGGUUCCAGGAGUUGAAGAAGACCGCUUCUUUCACGGUAGAGAGGGAAAUCCUGGACAAGGCUCGAGCCAUCUUCGACACAUACCGAGUGAGCAACUCCGAGACUUUGGAGACGAUACGAGAUUGUUAUCGAGGCGUCGCUAUCUCGAACAAGGGAUACGUGCUCGACCCUCACUCUGCCAUCGGCGUGGCUGCGAGCCUGCGUGAGAUUGCAGCGGCUGGUCAGACCGAUGUUCCGACCGUGUCGCUGGCGACGGCUCAUCCUGCCAAAUUUGCCGGUGCCGUGGAGUUGGCCCUGAAGGCAGAAAAGGGCUUUGACUUCAACACGGUCUUGCCGGAGCAAUUUGUCGGUCUCGGUGAGAAAGAAAGGAGGGUGUUGAAGGUUUCUAGCAAAGAGGGAUUGCCUGGCAUUCGUGAGAUCAUCACGAGGGAAGUGAACAAGGAAAAGGAGGUCGGCCAAAACGGUGCUCGAUAG